UCCCCUGGCUGGGGGCUGCGGGCGGCCGCCGAGUGUCCGGUUCCGCCUUGUAGCGGCCGAAAUUCCCUGCGACGUUGGGUGGAUACGUUCGCCAGCGCCGCGGACGCCCUAGUGUGGUUGGUGUGGUGGAGUCCGCCUGGUGGCUUGGCUUUUCCUUAAUGACUUGUUGCCGCUAAGAGACUGAAAAACGUAAAAUGUACAAAAGUCAGUUUUCCAGCUUCUGUAGAAAAAUCAGAUCUGGCAGCGUUGGGGCCAGAUCCCGUGUGUCACCAGGCUCCGACCCUCCGGCCCCUUCCUGUUGCCCGGCGGGCUCUGCCGGCGUUCGAGGUUGCAGCCCCUUCUGGGGAGCGUUGGUUCCCAAACCGAAAAGUGGAUGUGGAAGCCCCAGUCGGCAUCCUGCCCCUCCUGGAACGUCAGGCGUUUAGAAUCCCUGUCCAGGCAGGCUGACGUGUUGUUGCUCUUACAGUAUCAGUGGCGUUGUUUGUACCGUGCUGUAUUGUUUACAGCAUCCUUUUACUUACUUUUUAGACAUAGGAUUCAUUUAUUUAUUUGCUUAUUUAUUUUCAAUGAGCUUCCUCUGAGCUUUGGUGAGCGUCGCCCUGAGCUAACAUCUGUGCCAGUCUUCCUCUGUUUUGUAUGUGGGUUGCCACCAGAGCAUGGCCACCCUGUAGGUCCAUGCCCGGGAACCCAACCCCAGCCGCCAAAAUGGAGCUUGCUGAAUUUAAGCACUAGGCCAUGGGCUGCCCCUACAGCAUCCUUUUAGAUAGUGAUUCCUUUAAUGACCCCAGAGUAUCUUGAAGAAGAAGGCACAAUACAGUUAAUCCCCUUUUUUUUUAUGAGAAGCCAUGGUCAACAAUGUCAUUAUUUGGCCAACGUCAAUAAAUGAUACAGCUAGAAUUCCACACAAGUCACGUGGCUUUUCCAACCAGUGCAUUUGUCUCGUAAAUGGAGUAUAAGGAUUGGGAGCUCAAGAAAGAGUCCAGGCUAGAGACAGAUAUUUGGAUGUCUCAGCAUACAGAUGGCGGUUGACUCUCUGAGGGCUGAAGAGCACCAAUGAGGACAGUGUAGUUAGGAAGAGGUUAGAGCCUUCAGAGAGGAGACCAGCAUAUGGAGAAGGAGCAGCCAGGAGGCAGGGAGAAAACCAAGGCAGCAUUAUGUUAGGGAGCCACAGAAAGAGGUUGUUUCCAGGGGGGAAAAGGUAAUUAAAAGUGUCAAAUGCCACUUAAAAGUCAAGUAGGAAAAGGACUAAAAGAUGUGUGUUGGAUUUGGCAACAACGAGAUUGCUGGUGGCCUUGCCCAGAAUGGUUUCAUUGACGUGGUGGGGUAGAAGCUAUACAUUAUCAUAAGUGGAGAAAUAAAGACAUGAAGAGGUGGCGAUGGGUCAGUGGAGGCAACUCAGGAAGUUUGGCUGUGGAGAAGGAAGUGUGGGAACUAGAGUGAUGAUGUGUGUUGAGAUGUUUUACUUUGGGAGAUUUUUGAGCAGCCUAAAGCUGAUGGAAGGGAGCCAGUGGAGAGAGAAGAUUUGCUGGUACAGAAGGGAAAGCAGUGAAGUGCGGUCCCCUAGAAGAUAGGAGGGGAAUGACGUCUAGAGCACAGGGCAAGUAUUCGCUUUGGACACAGGAAAAGCACUUUUCAUUGUAGCGCGAGGGAAGGAAGGACAAUAGGUUGCAGGUACACGUGCUUUAUGUGUCGACAGGAAUGAAAGUGAAGGGAUUCUCGGAUGGCUUCUACUUUCACUGUGAAUAAGGAGAAGAAAACACCUGCUGGAGAUGAGAAGAGAGGCCUCGCCAUGUCUGGGUCCCGGACCCCAGAGUCGGCCCUUGAUGUAGGGGGAGACUCCUUCACGUCCUCGAGGGAAGAGGAUGCUGCCGAUGGGAUCCAGCACUCCCAUCGCAUGCUCAGCUUCAGCGACGCGCUGCUGUCCAUCAUCGCCACUGUGAUGAUCCUGCCUGUGACCCACACCGAGAUCUCCCCGGAACAGCCAUUUGACAAAGGUGUACAGAAACUUCUAGCAACCAGGAUUGCCGUCUACCUGAUGACGUUCCUCAUCGUGACCGUGGCCUGGGCAGCGCACACGAGAUUGUUCCAGGUUGUUGCAAAAAUAGACGACACGCUUGCCCUGCUCAACCUGGCCUGCAUGAUGACCAUCACCUUCCUGCCAUUCACGUUUUCCUUAAUGGUGACCUUCCCAGAGGUGCCCCUGGGCAUCUUCCUGUUCUGUGUGUGCGUGAUCACCAUCGGGGCCGUGCAGGCGCUGAUCGUGGUGUAUGCGUUCCACUUCCCCCACCUCCUGAACCCCCAGAUAGAGCACUGCGCCCACAGGGCCCUCUACCGGCAGCACAUCCUGGGCAUCAUCCUUCGGGGCCCGGCACUAUGCUUUGCAGCGGCCGGAUUCUCCCUGUUCUUCUACCCAGCGUCGUACCUGCUGAUGGCGAUGGUCAUCUUCCUCCCCUACUUCAGCAAGGCCGCCAGCUGGUGCAGAGGCAGGCUGGUGGGCCCCCCGGAACUCCCAGCUCCCAGCGUGGAGUUCUUCACUUUCGACCUGCACGAGCCUCUCAGCAAGGAGCGGGUGGAGGCCUUCAGCGACGGGGUCUAUGCCAUCGUGGCUACUCUCCUCAUCCUGGACAUCUGUGAGGACAACGUCCCGGACGCCAAGGACGUGAGGGAGAAGUUCCAAGGCAGCCUGGUGGCAGCGCUGAGCGUGUAUGGGCCGCACUUCCUGGCGUACUUCGGCUCCUUUGCCACAGUGGGCCUGCUCUGGUUCGCCCACCACUCACUCUUCCUGCACAUCCGAAAGGCCACACAGUCCAUGGGCCUGCUCAACACACUCUCGCUGGCCUUCGUGGGUGGCCUCCCGCUGGCCUACCAGCAGACCUCGGCCUUCGCCCAGCAGCCCCGCGACGAGCUAGAGAGCGUGCGCGUCAGCUGCGCCAUCAUCUUCUUCGCCAGCAUCUUCCAGUUUGCUAUCUGGACCACAGCCCUCCUGCAUGAGAGGGAGACACUGCAGCCCUCCGCGCGAUUUGGGGGCCGGGAGCACGCGUUCAUGUUUGCCAAGCUCGCACUGUACCCCUGUGCCAGCCUGCUGGCCUUCGCGUCCACCUGCUUCCUGAGCAGGUUCAGCACAGCCAUCUUCCACCUCAUGCAGAUCGCCGUGCCCUUCGCCUUCCUGCUGCUGCGUCUCCUUGUGCGCCUGGCCCUGGCCGUCCUGCGGGCUCUGCGUGGCCUCCGCCUGCCAGAGCCUGGGGGCGAGGAUGACUCGAGGGCCCCACUCCUCCCUGCUGCCUGCUAGCUCGAGGUCCCACCCACCCCAGCCGGAGGCCCAGAUGUCAGCCCAGUGGCCCGAGCUUGGGUGCUCCUCUCAUCGUGACAUUUUCUGUUCUACUCAGUCCACAGGCGGCUCUCCACUCCUGCAGAGGAGCUUCACAGCUUUGCGUUGCUGUUGUGCCCAUCUCUGUCCCCCAGGCCCACAUCCUGUCUCCGUCAAGCUAAGACAAGCCACAUGGGGGCUGGCAUUCAAGUGUUUGUUUCCAGGGGCAGCUGGGGCGCCCACAGCCUCGGCCUUCUGGGGGCGUGGGUGCAGAUGUGGCCCUGGGUCCUUGACAGGCAGUGCAGCAUCCCUGGAUGUGGCUCAGCUCACUGUGGCCCACCGCCUCAGCAUGCAGAGCUCCCUGGUGGCUGCUGGGCUGCCAAACCAUCCCUCCUCUCACUCUGGUCAUUAGGCACAGAGAGGGACAAGAGCAGCAGGAUGGCAGUGCCCAGACUGUAUUGUCCUGGAUAUAAAUUAUGGUCACAUUCAGGUAUAAGUUACACACGAGGGACAGCGCAGAGCCCACGCAGCCCCACCUAGCACACAGAUUUGCUUAAAUACAGAGGACAGACACCCUAACCACAAUUUACAGACAAUUCCUAUAGACGGAAAUCAACAGCAGGGCCUGUAGAGCAAAAACUAAUUACACCACUGGGGACUGGGGGACGCGACCACGAGGAAUGUGCAUCUGUGUGCGGGAGGCACGUGACAAGAACAUCCACCACAAAUGC